UCGUAUCUUGGUACUUCGAAAUGGCACAAGAACCCGUCGACAUUGAGAGUAUACUCGCUGCCGUGCCCCACCUGAGCCGUGGCCCUGGCGGUGUUGUUGCCGUCGUCAAAGAUGGCACAUUACUCGGCCAGCGCGCUUGGGGAUAUGCUGAUCUCGACCGUCGCAUACCGAUGACGACCAAAACGCAGUUCCCCAUCUGCUCAAUCUCAAAGCAAAUGGUUUGCUUGGCCAUGGAGUCGCUCUUGCGUGACCCUACACCUAUGAUGGCUGAGCGCGAUUGCGAAGUUGCGAAACAGUUUGAAGAUGAGCUCCAGAAGCUGCUGCCUAAUCUCAAGUGUGGGAGUGAAGACGGCGUCAAGGUCGCCGAUCUGUACAACAUGCAGUCUGGUAUACGNACUACUCUAUGGGGCGCUCGUCCUGACGACCAGUUCUCCUUGCUGCACGACGCUCCUCAAGCGCUCGAUCGCAUCAGGAGCUACCACUUUGCUCCUGGAACCGAGUACUCUUACUCCAAUGUGAACUUCCACGUACUUGGCCGGAUCAUGGAAAAUGUAUCUGGACUCUCGCUCGCGCAGCUGCUUACGCAGAGACUGUUCAUCCCUGCAGGUAUGAAGACGGCCAGUCUCUGCGCAAACACGAAUGGACUUCCACUGCCCAUUGUUGGCUACGAAGGCAAUGAGAAGGUAGGAUACUUUGCCGCGACCAACCGAAUCGAAUGGGGCGGUGAUGCUGGUAUCGCUGCCUCGCUCGAAGACAUGAUCGCUUAUGAGAUUUACCUGGACAAGAGUCUGUCGGAUGACACGAGUCUCUAUGUCCAAACGUUGCAGGAGCAGAAGUUCCGUGAUGGCACACCUGCUGGUUAUGGGCACGGACUCAAGCGCCUCAAGGUUGCAGGACAAUCAGCCAUUGCUCAUGGUGGUGCCCUUCGCGGCUUCCGACACGCGAGGAUGCAGUUUCCUUCGGAUCGUCUUUCUGUUGUUGUCAUGCACAACUUCGAGACUUCGCCAGGCGUGCCCGCCGAGUUUAUCGUCAAGAAAGUCCUUGAUGUACAAGAGGCUGAGCCUGAGGUGAUCGGUGUUUCUGCCGCAUGGAAAGGACACUUCUUCGACGAGGACACCCAGCUCUAUAUCGCUGUAGAAGAAGGCGAUAGGGAGAAGCCUGGCACAAUCUCAGUCAUUUAUGGCCCUGGCACUGGAGGAGAGACUGCUAGAUUGACCUCGGAGAAAGAAGCUAAAACAGAUGGCAUGAAGCUGACCCUAGAUGGCGAUGUCCUGCACGUGGAACGGAUCGACGACAAUAGGACUUUGCGAGCUGUUCGUUUACAGCCUGUGGACAAGAAGGACUUCGGCCAAUCUUCCACCGAAGGCGCUGUAGGAGUCUACCGUAGUGAAGAAUGCGACAGCGUCUUUACAGUGACUGGAGAACGUGGUAGUCUGUAUGGCUCUUUCGACGGCUAUCUCGGACGCGGACCUAUCUGGACCAUGAGACAGAUUGGCAAGAACCAGAUGUGGGCAUUGGCUAACCCACGAGGUCUUGAUGCAACGCCGCCCGGCGAUUGGACGGUGGUAUUCAAGGAUGAGAAGGAUGGUUUAUACAGUAGAGUUACCGUGGGCUGCUGGUUGGCUCGCAAGGUCGAAUACGUCAGGCAAGAA